AUGGAACAAAAUUCAUCAUCCACUUCCAAAAUAUUUCUACCACCAAUACCAUCUGAUAAAUUUUUCAUGUGUGAUAUAACUGAUAAAGAAAACAUUACGUCAAUUAUUCAAGAUAAUAAAUUUAAUAUUAUUAUUCAUUUAGCUGCUGUUCUAGAAACAGAAACAAUUGAAAAUAUAAAUCGAAUUAAUAUUAAUGGAACACGAAAUGUAUUGGAUGCAUGUAGACAGACUACUACAGUUAUUGAACGUGUUAUUUAUGCAAGUUCAAUGACUGUUGUGUU